CAAGAACCUGCACCUGAACCACAACACCCGCAACCACACCACUCUCCACUCCACCGCCGCCGCAACUCACCGCACCGCUACUUCGAGCACCACACGCGCCAACACACUACCCACCCCGCGACACCGACGACACAGCUGCGUAUGUCCGGCCAGAUCGAGAACCUCAAGUCUUUUGACCCCUUCGCCGAGGCAGAUGCCGACGGCGACGGUGAGACCAAGCAGUCGCAGAACUAUAUUCAUAUCCGUAUCCAGCAGCGCAAUGGUCGUAAGACCUUGACUACCGUGCAAGGACUCCCGAAGAAGUUCGAUCAGAAGAAGAUCCUCAAGGUCAUCAAGAAGAAGUUUGCCUGCAAUGGCACCAUCGUCAACGACACCGAGAUGGGAGAGGUGAUCCAGCUCCAGGGCGAUCAGCGGAAGGAUGUGCAGGAAUUCUUGGUCGACAAGAAAGAGGGACUCGAGCUAGAUGCCAAGACCAUCAAGGUCCACGGUUUCUAGGCUCAUAACCCACGACAUGUGAACCGUCUGCGGCGCGUCGAGGAUAUCGCGAAGUUGGAGCAAUGCCUACCCGGCAGCGACUACACAUCGCAUCCUACGUGCACUAGGCAGGUCGGCUGCGGCAGGUACAACUCGCUGCCCCCGGCUGGUCCGGUGCACGGCGACACGACUUCACGAUCACGAACUCGCUUCUCUGCGAGAAGCUACGAGGACAUGCGCAGACGGGAGAAUGGGUCCCUUCUGAACGACACGCAAGGCGAAUUGCUAUUGGGCACGCUAAUGCUUGUUUUCCUUUUCUACAACCACCACAAUUCCGGCUAUGGCUACUUUGACGCUGCGAGCAACGAGGGAUAGGCUGGCUGAAUUUGGUAUUGGUAGUAGCGUUACGUACCACGAAAUGGAAUACAUGAGCAUACUACGAAA